AUGCACUUCCAGUGGGACUGGCUAUGCUUGGGUGUCCUGAUAAUUAGCUCAGUGACUGCAGAAAUUGAAAACGAAGAAGCUCUGGAUGCAGAUGUUGAAGUGGAGGAUUUUGACAAGCAGUCUCAAGAAGCUGAUUUUGACAGAGAUGAACCUUCCGUAGAGGUUGUGUACCAGACUCCAAAGCCAACUGGGGAAGUGUAUUUUACAGAAACCUUUGAUGGAGUAUUGGCUGGGUGGGUGUUGUCUAAAACCAAGAAAGAAGACACGGAUGAUAACAUUGCUAAAUAUGAUGGAAGAUGGGAAAUAGAAGAGCUGAAAGAAAACACAGUGCCUGGAGACAGAGGAUUAGUGUUAAAAUCAGUGGCAAAGCAUCACGCAAUAUCAGCUAUGCUAACAAAGGCAUUUAUUUUCGAUAAUAAACCUUUGAUUGUUCAAUACGAAGUGAAUUUUCAAGAAGGCAUUGACUGUGGUGGUGCAUAUAUUAAACUUCUCUCCAGUAGUGGUGACUUGAAUCUGGAAUACUUUUUUGACAAAACACCUUACACUAUUAUGUUUGGACCAGAUAAAUGUGGAGAAGAUUACAAACUACACUUUAUCUUCAGACAUAAGAGUCCUAAAACUGGAGAAUAUGAUGAAAAACAUGCAAAACGUCCUGACGUAGACCUAAAAAAAUUCUAUUUGGACAAGAAGACGCAUCUAUAUACUCUUGUGCUAAAACCAGAUGAUACAUUUGAGAUCUUAAUCGACCAAUCGGUUGUCAGUAAGGGAAGUCUUCUUGAGGAUAUGGUUCCUCCAGUAAACCCUCCCAAAGAAAUAGAGGAUCCUAGUGAUAAGAAGCCUGAUGAUUGGGAUGAGAGACCAAAAAUACCUGAUCCAAAUGCUGUCAAACCAGAUGACUGGGAUGAAAAUGAGCCUUCCAAAAUAGAAGAUCCUGAUGCUGUUAAACCUGAGGGAUGGCUUGAUGAUGAACCACAGUAUGUUCCAGACCCUAAUGCAAAAAAACCAAAGGACUGGGAUGAAGAAAUGGAUGGGGAGUGGGAAGCCCCUCAGAUCCCUAAUCCAAAGUGUGAGACUGCACCUGGUUGUGGACAGUGGGUGCGUCCCAUGAAGAAUAACCCAAACUAUAAAGGAAAAUGGAAAGCACCUAUGGUAGAUAAUCCUAACUAUCAG